GUUAUCACAUACAAUGAACACCAGACGAGACCAGAAAACUCUGAUCCUUAGUGAUUCUCAUGGCCGUGGCUUGAAGGACCAGCUUUUCAACAAGAACAACCAAGAAUGUGUCAAAGGACUUUCAAGAAGAGAUAUUGAAGUUGUUUCAAUGCCAGGGUGCAACACAGAAGAAAUGCUACAAUACCUUUAUGACAACUAUGGCAGCCAUGAUGCUGAAAGAGAACACGCAAACACUCAAGCAUACAAAUGUAUCAUUCUACAUGUUGGAUGCUGCGACAUUGCCUACAAAGACAGACGUGCGCCAAAGCAAAACCAGAAGACGAUUGUGCAGAGAAUAGACCGAAUCAUUAGUAGGUUAUACCAAUGGUUUCCAUUUGCGACGAUCGUGUUUUCUGACAUUUACCCCCAGAAGACGCCCUUGAAAUGGAUAAAUGACAUAACGCGAUAUGUCAAUCGUCAAGUUUGCAAGCACAUCCAAGAACGAUAUGCAGCCCAUGAAGUGACAUACGUGCGCCAUUCCCAGACGUUUCGAGAAGGGGGAAUCAUCCAAGAGAAAUUUUAUAUUAUGGAUGGCAGAUACCCUGGCCUACACCUAUCGACUGAAGGCAAAAAGGCAGCUGCAAUGCAACUAGCUGAGGUGAUAAAUGAUGUGUAUGUAUGCGGACACAGAAGAUAAGCCACAACAAAAAUGGCCCUUUUUAGGGCCACCUCAUACUACCAAAAGAGCAUUGAAUUUAUGAAUUAGGCUAGGCCUACAUCAUCAUAGGCUUAUGAUUAUAUCAAAUAGAGCUAAGCCUAGGGCCUACCUGAUGAUGUGUGUUGAUUUGAAUGUGAAUGUUUGCCCGAUGAGAGACGAUUUUUAAAAACUUUUUUCAAAAAAAAGUAUUAAUUCCCUACCUUUGCAAGUGAUGAGUGAUCGAUAGCUGCGUCUCGUAUCAUAUAACCAUACGAUAGUAUAUCUGAAGACCUAGCACCCCUAAAAAAUACAUGAAACUUUCAACUUUAUUGAAAAUCGCGGCAAGAACUUUGCCUUUUUAGCACAAACUCCUUCAAUUUACUCGAUAAAUUGGUAAACCGGAAGUAAUAUUAUCAGUUUUACUUCGUAUAUUUCUCGAAAGAUACCUGAUGCCCCAAAAAAACUACUUGAAAUUAACGAAAAACGAUAUAUUUUG